AUGAUCAUGAUGCCCCUCACCCCACCUUCUGAGUCAAAUCUAGACCUGCACAUGAAGCAUAACACCGAAGCUGGAUCGUCAUGCCCGUGUCCAUGGAUCGAGACACCGCUUAUCGAGUCCGUGCCAAUGUCCAAAGUUGCCGGAUGUCGGAUAUUCCUGAAGAUGGAAAAUUUCCAACCCAGCGGCUCCUUUAAGUCUCGUGGCAUCGGUAACCUUGUCCGUCGCGCCGUUCAACGAUUCCCCUCAAUCACUCCCAAGCAUUUCUACGCGUCUUCGGGAGGAAACGCUGGUUUAGCAUGCGUGACAGCGGCUACUACACUAAAACAGCAAUCUGCGGUCGUUGUACCGCUCACCACAAAACCUGAAAUGAUUCAACGUAUCAUCGCUGCUGGCGCAACAGAGGUGAUUCAACACGGGGCGACAAUUGCAGACGCCGAUCAAUACCUAAGAGAGAAAAUUCUACCCAACGAUCCUGAAGGCGUAUAUGUUCCACCGUUCGAUCAUCAAGAUAUAUGGGAUGGAGCUGAAUCCCUCAUUCAUGAAGUCGAUCAUCAAAUGAGCGGUAUUCCAGAUGCUGUAGUUUGUUCAGUCGGUGGUGGUGGACUUCUAAUUGGUAUCUGUCAAGGUCUAGAUAAGAUAUCCAAGCUAUCGAAGCUACCUUUGAAAACACAAGUCAUUGGUGUGGAGACUAUCGGAUGCGAAUCUUUCGCCGAAUCAAUCAAAGCGAAAGCUCUCAUUACUUUAACCGGAAUCACCUCUAUUGCAAGCUCUCUUGGAUGCACCAGAGUAGCUUCUAGAGCACUUGAAUAUGGUUUAAGGUCAAAUGUACACUCAACAUUGGUAACCGACAAAGAAGCUGUAGAGGCUUGCAUUCGCUUUGCAGAAGAUCAUAAAGUCUUAGUCGAGCCUGCUUGUGGAGCAACACUGGCCUUGGUGUAUUCAGGAAGACUGAACCAAGUGAUUCCGGUAAAUGAGGAUGACAAGGUCGUGCUCGUGGUUUGUGGUGGUAGUAAUGUGUCAGUAGAUAUGAUGUACAGAUGGAAGGAGGAGUUUGGCAUAUAG